GUGCUCCGUCACACGCUUCUAUCUGUAACAGCAGCGUACACGAUAAACAACCCGGUAACAGCCGCCGUUCUUUUUGCGCUUGAUCAUGGCAUUUGUGGUAGAAAGUACGAUAGAUGGCAAGCGCUAAGGCGACUGCUGUCUGGCUGUUCAUUACACGCCGUGCUGUUGUUUAAAGCGUGAAGUGCACGAAGCUAGUGUAGCUUAGCAUAGCCCCGACAAGGGACGGCGCGCGGGAGCUUGCUGAUUCGGAGGUCCACUUUCUCCGCGGGCCACACUAAUAUUAUACCUUCAUAUUAAGGUGCGGGCCACAAAAUAUUGUACUGCGGGCCGCACUUGGCCCCCGGGCCGCGAGUCUGAGACCCCUGAACUAGAGUGACCACUUGUCCCACUUAACGUUGUUUUUCAAUUUUAGCCUUUGUCCCGCGUCACGCAAAUUAAACAUUUUGUCCCAAAUUAAACAUUUUGUCCCACUUUUUCAUUCGACAUUAUUAAUUGAAAAUAAACUAUUUUCUGUAGCUGGUUGUCUGUGGACAGGACUGUCAGUGCAGCCCACAGCAAUGAUAGGUCACUUCGUGGAUACGGCGGUAGUUGACAGGCUGAGUGGCCUGUCAAUCAAACUGCUGACUCUCAGCAAUUACAAACAGUUUAGCGUCUGAAAUUAGAGCGCAGUUGUUUUGAUACUAUGAAGGCGCCCAUGUGUACAGUGCUGAAAAAAGAAGACGCCACAUUUUGGCUGAAACUGGUGGAUGAAGAUUCUGAACCAAAAUUCUGCAAUUGGUGCAAACACGGCUUUUCUGUCGGACAGUGGAGCGAAUGGGAAACGACUCACGAGCAGCUGAAGAGUCUCCAGAGUGGCUUCAAGACUGUCAGUGAUGGAGAUUUCCAGCAGCAGAAUUCUCAUCUCACCAUGGACCUUGAUAACAACAUCAACAUGACAUCAGUUGAGAACAAGGUUUUCAUAAUCCAGCGGGCCUGGCGUGACUUCCUCCAGAGACAGGAAGCAGAGAAGAGGAGCCCCUCCCCACCCUCCCUCUCCUCCUCCGACAAGAUGAGCAUGUCAAUCAGCAUGACAACCCUGUCUGACGGCGGCACCCCAGAUUACCGGGAGGAUGGCAUGGACCUGGGGAGUGAUGCAUCCAGUCGCUCCGGCUCAGAGUCCAACUCCAACAAGGUCACACCUUGCUCCCCCUCUCUUGACUUGGCUGCACUGGAUGACUACAAAUCCUCCCCCUCUCUGGACCUGGUGACUUUAGAGGACUAUGAGGAGGACGAGGACUACCAAGAGUAUAAGAAGAAGGUGAUAGAGGAGUGGGAGAGUGAGUACGGAGAGGACUGUACCUCUCCACAGCCUCCUAGUCAAGAGGAAGGCGAAGGAGGCAGCGAGGUUGUCGAGGGAUUUGGUAAAGGCUACAGGAAGACGGUCAACAGCCGCAGCCUGGCUGAAGAAUUCCAGGAAGUCAAGCCUAUUCCGCCCAUCCCAGCGCCCGGACGACACACCGCCACCUCGGCCGCAGUGAUCCCAGAGGAACUGAAACAGAACGGUAAUCUGAUUCUGCCCAGGAGCAGCCAUCUCCACUCCCCAGGUGCACCACACGGGGGCACGGGGACGGCCAGGCCCAGUCACCGCAGCUCCAGUCAAGGUAGAGGAAGCCGCAGCAGUGGUUUGGGUGGCGGUGGAGGAGGAGGAGGGACCGGGAUAAAGAUGGGAGGAUACAGGGAGGAGGAAGGUGUAGAGGAAGAGCCUCUGCCAACCAUGGACUGGGCGGCGCUGGAGAGACACCUGGCUGGGCUGCAGACCAGAGAGCAGGAGAAUCAGAAUCUCAACCACAACCAGAACCAGAACGUGGGGAAGACCAACUACACCUCAGCCCAGAAGAAUGAGAGGGAGUCCAUCAGGCAGAAGUUGGCCCUGGGCAGUUUCUUUGACGAUGGGCCGGGCAUUUACACCAGCUGCAGCAAGAGCGGGAAACCCAGCCUGUCCUCACGGCUGCAGAGUGGGAUGAACCUACAGAUUUGUUUUGUCAACGACAGCGGCAGCGAUAAGGACAGCGAUGCAGACGACAGCAAGACAGAGACUAGUCUGGACACACCUCUGUCCCCCAUGUCCAAGCAGAGCUCGUCCUACUCAGACAGAGACACCACAGAGGACGACUCAGAGUCCCUGGAAGACAUGGACUUCCUGAGUCGACAGAAGAAGCUGCAGGCAGAGGCCAAGCUGGCCCUGGCCAUGGCCAAGCCCAUGGCUAAGAUGCAGGUGGAGGUGGAGAAACAGAACCGUAAAAAGUCCCCAGUAGCUGAUCUGCUUCCACACAUGCCCCACAUCAGUGAGUGUCUAAUGAAGCGAAGCCUGAAGCCCACAGACCUGAGAGACAUGACUCUGGGACAGCUCCAGGUUAUAGUCAAUGAUCUGCACUCCCAGAUUGAAAGUCUGAAUGAAGAACUUGUACAGUUACUGCUGAUCCGAGAUGAGCUUCACAUGGAGCAGGAUGCAAUGCUGGUGGACAUCGAAGAUCUGACCAGGCAUGCUGAAAGUCAGCAAAAACAUUUGGCUGAGAGGACCCUGUCCAAAUAAAGACCCCAACCCAGCCUUCUCUUCACCUUUAGGCUUAGCCCCAGAUGUGAUCUAGACAUUUUCCUCACCUGCCCCCUCAAUCUCUGCCCCUGUUGGUUGCUCCAAACCCUGCCCGCUCGUCCCACGUAUUUUGC